AUGGCGAAUAGCAGAUAUGAGUAUGUGAAGUCUUUUGAAGUUGAAGAUGAAGUUUUCAUGCCCAACUUGAUCGUUGUUAGAAUCGACGGCCGGGAUUUUCAGAGGUUUUCUCAAGUUCAUGAGUUCGAGAAACCAAAUGAUGAGAGAGCUUUGAAUUUGAUGAACUCAUGUGCAGUUGCAAUGUUGGAGGAGUAUCCAGAUAUAGUUUUUUCAUAUGGUUAUAGUGACGAGUAUAGUUUUGUUUUCAAGAAGACGACAAAGUUUUACCAGAGGCGAGCCAGCAAAAUUCUAUCCCUCACUGCAUCAUUCUUCACUUCUAUGUAUGUCACAAAAUGGAAAGAGUUCUUCCCCCAGGAGAGGUUGAGAUAUGCCCCUUCAUUCCAUUCUCGAGUCAUAAGUUGUGCAUCAAUAGAGGUUCUUCAAACAUAUCUUGCAUGGAGACAAAACGAUUGUCAUACGAAUAACCAAUAUAGUACUUGUCUUUGGAUGCUGAUUAAAAGUGGAAAGACCGAAAAGGAAGCAGAAGAAAUUCUGAAGGGAACUCAAAAACAAGAUAAAAAUGAGCUUCUUUUUCAGCAGUUUGGUAUCAACUACAAAAAUCUUCCUGAAUUAUUUCGUCGAGGAUCUUGUGUUUUCAAGACAGAGGUGGAAGAUAUUGUUAAAUAUCAUGAGGAUGGCACUCCUGUCAAAAGACUGCGGAGAAAGCCGAGGAUAGUUCACUCAGAGAAUAUAGCUGGUAGAAACUUUUGGAGUGAGCAUCCAUGUCUUCUUAAGGAGCUGGGGUGUUUUGAAGAGAAUGUUAGCAAAAUUAAACCAGAUUAUGUUAGGUCCUUUCUAUUUGAAAACAAGUUGAUGCCAUGUGCAUGGAUCGUAAUUAGAAUUGAUGGCUGCCAUUUUCACAGAUUCUCUGAAGUUCAUGAAUUUGAGAAGCCCAACGAUGAGAAAGCUCUGAACCUUAUGAAUUCAUGUGCAGUGGCUGUUCUAGAAGAGUUUCAAGAUAUUACCUUUGCUUAUGGGGUUAGUGAUGAGUACAGCUUUGUUUUGAAGAAGGGAUCUCCGUUCUUUCAAAGGCGAGCAAGUGAAAUAGUGUCUGUCAUUGUUUCCUUCUUCACUUCUAUGUAUGUAUUGAAAUGGAAGGAAUUCUUCCCACAGAAUGAUUUGAAGUACCCUCCCUCUUUUGAUGGACGAGCUGUCUGCUAUCCAUCAUCUGAUAUUAUUCGAGAUUAUCUGGCAUGGAGACAAGUUGAUUGCCACAUCAAUAAUCAGUAUAAUACAUGUUUCUGGAUGCUUGUGAAGUCUGGUAAAAGCAAAAGUGAAGCUCAAGGUUGCUUAAAGGGUACUCAAGCACGGGAGAAGAAUGAACUGCUUUUGCAGAAAUUCAGUAUUAACUACAACAAAUUACCAGUGAUGUUCCGUCAGGGCUCAUCUAUAUUUCGAAUUGAGACAGAGAAGACUACAACGUUUGAGAAUGGAGAAAAGCUACAGAAUGAAGUGAUUGUAUCACACUGUAAUAUAAUUGAGCAAAGCUUUUGGAGAACACACCCGAACAUCCUUGACAAAGAGCCCCCUAUAACAUGA